AGAUAAUGCUUUGUGCACUUUAUAUGUGACAACACUACCAUACUGCCCAUCUGUUUAGUAUUUGGCGUGGUGUGAUUGGUUGAAGACUGAAAUCCCCUGCGGGGUUGGGCGGUGCCAUGGUAUCCUGGGUGGCUCAGACAGCUGCUGCAUGGAAAGCAGAGAGAGAGAGAGAGAGAGAGAGAGAGAGAGAGAAGCAACUGGAAGCUAUUCACUUGAUUCAACUCAAUGCACACUAGCUCUACAGCUACGUAGCUAGCGAGUUAUCAAGCUGGUUGGCCAUUGCAGUGGCUUACCCAGUAGAAAUGACACAUUUAAAGCUUUAACAAGGGGCUUCCAAAAAUGUGAAAGUCUGCCUGCGUUGUGUAGAACCAGGGGGGCUGGGAAACGGAGACUCAUCAUCAGUGGUGCAGCAGACGUGGUGGCUUUGCAAUAAGGAUCAUGUGGUGGGCCUGGCCUUUCCUGCCGGCCCUUGUGCUUCUCUCAGAGCUCUCUGUGGUGAGAGUCCAGACUGCACCAUGCCAGACCUGCCGAAAACUAACAGAGAGUUUCAUUAAGGGCUUGGAGACAACAGCUAACAAGAACUUUGGGGGAGGUAACACUGCCUGGGAAGAAGAAAAGUUGGCAAAGUAUGCACGCAGCGAGACUCGGCUCCUCGAGAUUGUAGAAGCUGCUUGUGAGAAGGCCGAUUUUGAAUGUAACCAGCUGCUGGAGCAGAUAGAAGACCAAGUGGAGACAUGGUGGUUCCACAGGCAGCUGGAGGCUCCAGACUUGUCUGAGUGGCUGUGCAUAGAGGAGCUAAGACUCUGUUGUCCACCUGGACGCUUUGGACCUGAAUGUAAAGAGUGUCCAUCUGGCCCUGGUGGUGUGUGUGGAGGUCUGGGGCGCUGCGAGGGAGAGGGGACUCGCCUUGGAGAUGGAGAGUGCGUCUGUGAUCCUGGGUAUUCAGGAAGUCUCUGCCAGAGCUGUGCUGAUGGUUACUUCAGAGAGAAAAGCUCCAAUGAGAGUGCAGGAGCCUGUGCAGCUUGCUACUACUCAUGUAAGAAAUGCCUUGGCCCGCAAGACUACAAAUGCCUCGACUGCAAACCCGGCUGGAUCCUUCAUGACAACAAGUGCGUGGACGUUGACGAGUGUGGCACAGAGCUGGCUCGAUGUGCUUCUAACACGUACUGUCACAACACCGAUGGAUCUUAUGAAUGCAGAGGAUGUGACCAGGCAUGUGUUGGCUGCAUGGGCAGUGGUCCUGCUCGCUGUAAGAAAUGUUCACGUGGCUACAAAUUGAAAGGAGCGAAGUGUCUCGAUGUAGAUGAAUGUAGCGAACGUGCAAUAGCAUGCCCAGGACUCAAUGAGGCCUGCACCAAUGAGGAAGGCUCCUUCCACUGUGACUGUGCUGAUGGAUUCAUUAGAAGAGAUAGUAUUUGUGUUGAAAAUAAGCCUCCUGCUGGCCCGGAAAAAGGUCUGUUUGACGACAUGACGGACGACGAGGUCCUCGUGCUGCAACAGAUGUUCUUCGGCGUCGUAAUCUGUGCACUUGCUACGCUUGCUGCUAAAGGUGAUAUGGUUUUCACCGCCAUUUUCAUUGGAGGCGUGGCUGCUAUGGCUGGAUACUGGCUGACAGAAAAGGGAGACUACAUGCUCGAUGGAAUCCUGAAAGGACGCUAGACUGAGAUGGUCCACGAUUUUUGAAAAAGGGACCUUCCAAUACCAGCUGGUUCGAGGGCAGGAACAUAUCCCUACAAUGCUAGAUUUUUUUCAGGGAUUUAUUUGGGAUCGGGAGUUACUUAAAAAGGGCUUUGACUCAUUUAUGUUUAAGAAUAAGAAAAGGCUGGAAAGUGAGAACUUGAAGGCUCUGAAGCCAUGAAGAGGAAAUAACAAAGCACCACUGCACUGAUGUAAAGGAACUGAACUUGUAACCCUACCUCAACUUUUGUUGGGAGCAAAGGGGGACAUGAAGACCAUUACUGAUUGUUCAACUCUAUUAUGCAUAUUGAUGUCUCAUGUGGCAUUUUUGUUGCUCAAGAAAUGAUGUCGUUUCCUUCCACACAAUCAAAACCUCCAGUCAUUACGUUUGCAGGUUUUUUUAAUUAUUUUUUUUAGAUCAUUGCUAUGAAGCAAAAGCGUUCCCAUAGACGGACUGGUUUGCAAGUUCAGUCUAAUGUGUCAGGAUAAUGAGACACUGAAGCGUCUCCCAAUGAGCAUAGGAGUAGACAAGGGGAUUUUUAAUGAAAACUCUGGGAUGUUUUCAUUAUUAUUUAUUCACAGAAUGACUUUUUACCUCCUAACUCACUGAAUGAUUCUUUUUAGCUUAAUGCAUGAAAACUAGGAUUUCAAAUGAAAGGUACGACACUGUAUGUAUUGAUUCACUGUCUUCUUUAGCAUGGAACCACAGUGACUCCAUAAUGAGGUCGUGAGGAGAUGUGCUAAAGUAAAUACCAGCUCUAAUAUGGAUGUUUUCAGACAUUUUCUGUUGCAAUUUUAAUUUAUUUCCAAAGCAAUAUUUAUUGGAAAGAUGUUUAUUAUAUUAGCUUUGUAUAUUUUUUGCGUCUUGUUAGUUAUAGCUUUUCUUUUCUUCUCAACAGGUAGAGUAGCAUUACGUCACAAAGCCUUUGAAGCGUCACCUCCUUACCUGACCAUCUACUUUGUUUUUCCUUGUAAGGAAAGUUUUCCACAUAUUCAUUAUCUGGUAUAAAAGUUUGAUUUACAAUAAAAGUCUGUCCCUCUUAA